AUGAAGAGACUCGAUGAAACUUCCAAUAUGAAUGAUGAUAAGCUGUCAAUCAGCGAUUACAUUACAAUGUUUGUUGACACAUAUCUUCCACCAGAUUUAAAUCAUUUGCAAGGUACCGCAGGUCAUAUUGUGGCAUUUGUCUUGAACAUUAUACUCAUUUCAGAGAGAUAUUUAAGUCAUAAAAGAGAAAAUUCCUCACAAAUAUGUUUAAACAACUUGAAAGUAAAAGAAAUGAAAUGUUCAUCCGCCGAACCUUUACAAGAUUGUUUAGAUGAAAUUAAUAUAGAAUGUGAAGAAUACAUGGAUGAAUAUUCUAUAAUAGCAUAUGUUUUGUUGUUAUCAAGUAUUCUGAAUGUAAUAUAUUUGUGGUGGUGGAAUUAUAGAAUUUAUCAUUUCUUUUCUCACAAUCAAGAUGAACCUUUAAAUAUUCCACAUGCUAACCUUGUUUGUGUCGGCUUGCCAUGGUACGCUCGAAAUCGACUCGGAUAUUAUAUACACCAACAACUUUAUGAGUUGUAUUAUGACAAACCAUAUGAAGAAGGUCAAAAAGUUUGGGAAAUUUGCGUAUGGAAUCCAAACAAAUUUUGUCUUAAUUUACUAUGUGGAUUCUCUCCGGUGCAAAUUGGAAUCCUUAUGCUCAUGAACAAGGAUACUCGGAUUUUCAAUAUCAUGUUAGCCGCGUUCUUGGCUUUACAAAUGUACUUCUAUACGAACAAAUUCAUUUCACUUCUUCGGGACAAAGAAAUUAUAUUUAGAGAAGUCCAACAUGAGUAUGAUACGAAAUUUGUGAAACCAAGAAUAUUCCGACAAAAGAAGAAUAUUGAAAUUCAAUCAAUUCCACAGGAAGAGAUUAUAACUGAAUCGUUGCGUCCCAGACUAGAUGAGAAACGACGUUUUGAGAAAUUUGAUAAUCCAUGGGCAUAA